CAUUCAUGUCCAAUGCUACCCUAAAUCAGAUUUCCCAUCGGCGAUAGAGAUAUUUGCCGACGGUUCUGAAAAGGCUCCCUAUACACAUCCAAAAUCUCAGAUUUUGUGUGUAUUUUGUCAUUUGGUUGUGGCAUUUGGGGGCGGCGUACACUACGAAGACGUUUUACAUUUGCUAGAGCCUACAAGAAAGAAGACAAUGGUUGGUAGAACUGCCAAACUCUACCCACUCUAUGAUGGCGAGAAGCCUAUGGAUUUCCAUUUCCUGGUAAACUACCAUUUUCGAGAGUUGGAAAUGCCGGAUAACGAGGUACCCCAAGAGGAUACGGUAGUUUGGUGGCCAAACCUCAUAGUGUACCUUUCGGAAGUAUACCGCACUAUGGUACAGAUGGACCGGACUAGUCAAGAUGGUAUGCAGAGGUUCUUUGGGUUCUUCGCCCGGCCAUAUGUCCGCAUGCAGGAAUAUUGGAUUAUGAUUGAUGAAAAGGUACAUGUCACACCUGUUGAAGAGGAUUUAGCUGGUGGACCAGAUGCUAUUGAUCACAUAUACGAGAACAAGCCGGAUGAUGAGAUGAGAACCAGGCUGAGAAACAAAUUUGAGGUGUACAUACCCCACGAUACAAGCCGAUGUAGGUUAGAAGACAUUAUUGCCGUUAACGACGUUGAGGGAUUGACUGCUACGCAAAAACGCAGACUUCGUACGGUGGCAGCAUACCUUAAGUUCUGGGGUGACAGUGCCCCAGUAACGCCUCGAGCUGUACGAUAUGCUCGUUCGGGCGAGAAAAGCCAUGGACUGAAAUUCUUCCCUGCCAUUAGCCCUUGCUAAAUAGGGGCACUUCGCGUAUCAAGACAUCAAGGCCUGCAAGAAGAAGUAUGCCUUUCCCGAAGAUAGAUAGAUGUAUAUAAGUUACAAUAUUAUGUAAUAAGGGGUUAUUUGUAAACUUAAGUACGGGAAAGAUUAUGGGAG